AUGGGAACUCCAGUAUUCCUUCGAAGAUGCUUGCGCCACAAGGUACAGGAGAAGCAAAACAAGAGAAUACAAAUGACAGUUUGCUUAAAGAAGGUUUUCAAUAAUGGCAAAAGUGUCUUUCCUAUGUAUGUCUGUCUGGCUAGGAGGGCUCCUAAUAGUGGAGUUUCAAUGGAUACUGUUGUUUAUCAAAUUGGCCGGAUUUUCAUCUUCCGAAAUUCCCGUGAAGUUGAUUGGAAUUCUGAAGUCCAAGUAAAGUUUACACUCCCAGAAUUGAAUAAGUUAGCCAAGGAAGCUAAAUCUGACACAAUUGAUCUCUUGUUUGUCAGCGCAGCCACUGUAGAGGACUCAAGUUUAUCAAAUGGAGCUAAUUCAAACUCGUCGCCUUUGGAUCCGAAUCAUCUGCCUCUUGGUGAAUCUGGAGAGUACUGUCUUCUGGCGAAAGCAACUUUAGAAUCAAUUUAUAUGGCUUGGAAUCAUCUUCCUACUUUUCGUUUGGGAAACCGAACUGAGAUUUGCACAACUUUGGAUUUGUUUCCAUGUAUUCUGAAGUCGGAUUUUCAAAAUCAGGGUGAAAAAGUCUCCAUUCAACGUCCAUCUGAUGACAAGAAUAUGAGCAUAUCAGAGAUGCAUAUCUCAAUUUCUGCUGAAGAGUUUGGGUCCAAAGAGAAAUAUUCCAGGCCUUUCCUGCACCUAUAGUGAAGUUUCGUCCUCAUCAUUUCUCAUAUGAUCGGGGUAAAUUGUUGGACUUUGACAAAAUCUCAAAAAGGAAACACAGGGACUUGGAUAUUAUUGCAAUUUGUUGUUCAUGCAGUUACUCUUCAACUAGUUUUUUAGCAACUUAGAAUUUGUCUAUUUUUCUAUAUGGAUGAUUCUGGAUUAUUUCUUCAUGCUUAUAGUUACAAACUAUACUUUCUGAGAUUCAUAGCUGAGUUGCUUCAUAGAAUCCCAAAAA